AGGCAAGUCUAUAGACAAGUACUCUGCUGUGAUUUCUUCUUGCAUUGGUCUGAGUUUUGUAAAAGUGUUCAUCAUAGCGACGCUUUCUCAUACCCGACCUCGAACCAUAUUGGGCGAUUCCGUUCCUUCCUUCCUCUGCCAACUUGCCAUUGUGCUCUAAUCCCUAGAUCUUGAACAGUCGAGGUACUUGCCCUGACAAGGGUUCCUGAAGACGAAUCCUCCCUCCACGGAACCUGCCGUGCUGGAACCACAGAGAAAUCCCCCUCUUGUGUUCCAAGUCUUUCACCUUUCUCUUUUCCUCAAUCCCAAGAUCACGUCUUCAGCGGCAUACUACGACGUCGGGACUUUCAUGCUAGAAUCGAAAUAAUAGACGAUACCCGGAGCGUCACUCCCGCUGGCUGCCUGCCUACUCUUCCCGACGAAUUUGCCUCCCUUCGUACACCCACACUUUUGACCAUCUGGUAUACAUCACAAAUUGCCCAAGAUGCGUCCGGAAAUCGAGCAGGAGCUUGCCCAUACGCUCCUGGUGGAGCUCCUUGCCUACCAGUUUGCCUCGCCCGUGAGGUGGAUUGAAACACAAGAUGUCUUUCUCGCUGAGAAAACAGCCGAGCGGAUUGUUGAGAUCGGUCCUGCAGACACCCUCGGUGUUAUGGCCAAGAGAACACUAGCCUCCAAGUACGAAGUUUUUGACGCUGCAAAUUCGCUGCAACGUCAAAUCCUCUGCUAUAACAAAGAUGCGAAGGAAAUAUACUAUGAUGUCGAUCCAGUGGAGGAUGAGCCGGAACCUGCAGCAGCGGGAUCCAGUGCCCAGGCCCCUGCUGCCGCCGCCUCUGCCGCCGCACCUGUUGCUGCUGCCGCUGCUGCCGCCCCGGCGCCCAGUGCUGGCCCGGCAGCCCAAGUCCCAGAUGCGCCAGUACAAGCCGUUGAAAUUGUGCGGGCGCUCAUUGCUCAGAAGUUGAAGAAGCCAUAUCUAGAAGUACCCCUGAGCAAGGCCAUCAAGGAUCUUGUGGGUGGCAAGUCUACCCUCCAAAACGAGAUCCUUGGUGACCUGGGUAAGGAGUUUGGAACAACUCCUGAGAAGCCAGAAGACACUCCUUUAGACGAGCUUGGUGCAGCCAUGCAGGCUACUUUCGACGGAAACCUUGGCAAGCAGUCACAAGCUUUAAUCGCAAGGUUGAUAUCAUCCAAGAUGCCUGGUGGUUUCAACAUCACAGCUGCCCGAAAGUACUUGGAGACAAGAUGGGGAUUGGCAUCAGGUCGUCAAGACGGCGUUCUGCUGCUUGGAAUCACCAUGGAGCCCCCUGCACGACUGGGAUCUGAAAGUGACGCAAAAGCGUUUCUGGACGAUGUUGCCCAAAAGUACGCUUCAAACGCUGGUAUAAGCCUCACAACGGCUGCUGCUGCUGGGCCUGCAGGCGGUGCCGCCGGUGGUAUGAUGAUGGACCCUGCUGCCAUCGACGCCCUUACCAAAGACCAACGUGCCCUUUUCAAGCAGCAAUUGGAGCUCCUAGCCAGAUACUUGAAGCUCGAUCUUCGUGCUGGCGACAAAGCUUUCCAGGUUUCUCAGGAAUCGUCCAAAGUCCUCCAGAACCAGCUGGAUCUGUGGAUGGCAGAGCACGGCGACUUCUACGCCACUGGCAUCGAGCCCGUCUUCAGCUCGUUGAAAGCAAGAGUUUACGACUCUCACUGGAACUGGGCUCGUCAAGAUGCCCUGAGCAUGUACUAUGACAUUCUUUUCGGCAAGCUCCAGGCUGUCGACCGUGAGAUUGUCAGCCGAUGCAUUGCCAUCAUGAACAGAUCUAACCCCACACUCCUGGAGUUCAUGCAGUAUCACAUGGACAACUGCCCGACUGAGCGGGGUGAGACAUAUCAACUUGCCAAGGAGCUUGGUACGAUGUUGAUUGAGAACUGCAAGGAUGUUCUUGACGUGUCUCCUGUCUACAAGGACGUCGCUAUCCCCACGGCUCCUCAGACGACGAUUGACAAUCGCGGCAACCUCAAGUAUCAGGAAGUUCCUCGAGCCAGCUGUCGAAAGUUGGAGCACUACGUUCAGCAAAUGCAGGCCGGAGGCAAGAUUUCUGAGUACUCCAACCGCUCUAAGGUCCAGCACAAUCUCGCCCGCAUCUACAAGAUCAUCAAGCAGCAGCACAAUCUUUCCAAGGGAUCGCAGCUCGAGAUUCAAUCACUUUACAGUGAUGUCAUUCGGGCUAUGGACAUGAACGAGAGCCAGAUAAUGCCCAAGGAUGGAAACAAGGGCAUGAACAAGCGGCCCAAGCCUGCCAAGUCCAAGCCCAAUGCCGAGACUAUUCCCUUCCUGCACCUCCGCCGCAAGACCAUGCACGGCUGGGAUUACUCCAAGAAACUGACGGGCCAGUACCUCAACUGUCUCCAGGAGGCUGCGAAGUCUGGAGUAACGUACGACGGGAAAUACGCUCUCAUGACCGGUGCCGGUGCCGGCUCCAUUGGUGCUGAGGUUCUCCAGGGUCUCAUUAGUGGCGGAGCACAUGUCGUUGUCACGACUAGCCGCUUCUCGCGAGAGGUCACAGAGUACUAUCAGGCCAUGUACGCCAGAUAUGGAUCACGUGGCUCUCAACUUGUUGUUGUGCCAUUCAACCAAGGCAGCAAGCAAGACGUAGAGGCUCUGGUUGACUACAUUUACGACCCUAAGAACGGCCUCGGCUGGGAUCUCGAUUACAUCGUUCCCUUCGCGGCCAUUUCCGAAACAGGUCGGCAAAUCGAUGGCAUUGAUUCCAAAUCGGAGCUUGCCCACAGGAUCAUGCUGACCAACCUUCUGCGUCUUCUUGGAAACGUCAAGACUCAAAAGGCUACCCGUGGCUUCGAGACUCGACCUGCUCAGGUCAUCCUGCCUCUGUCUCCCAACCACGGUACCUUCGGAGGCGAUGGUCUUUACUCGGAAUCCAAACUCGCUCUCGAGACGCUAUUCAACAGAUGGCACGCUGAGGACUGGGGUAACUACCUCACCAUCUGUGGUGCUAUCAUUGGUUGGACACGUGGCACUGGUUUGAUGUCGGGCAACAAUGUUGUCGCUGAAGGUGUCGAGGCAUUCGGUGUCCGCACGUUCUCUCAGCAGGAGAUGGCCUUCAAUCUCUUGGGUCUCAUGUCGCCCGCCAUCGUCGAUCUUUGCCAGCAAGAGCCAGUCUUUGCUGAUCUCAACGGAGGACUUCAGUUCAUCCCGAACCUCAACACGGUGAUGACUACCCUGCGUAAGGAGAUCAUGGAGAAGAGCGAGGUGCUCAAGUCGGUCACCAAGGAAACAUCCAUCGAGGACAAGAUUGUCAACGGCGCCAACUCUGAGAACCUCUACAGGAAGAAGUUCAUCGACCCCCGUGCCAAUAUCAAGUUUGAUUUCCCACGUGUUCCUGACUGGGAGCAAGAAGUUGCCCCGCUCAAUGAGAAGCUCAAGGGCAUGGUUGACUUGGAGAAGGUUGUCGUUGUCACCGGUUUCGCUGAAGUCGGCCCCUGGGGUAACUCGCGUACUCGCUGGGAGAUGGAGGCCUACGGUGAAUUCUCACUCGAGGGUUGCGUCGAGAUGGCCUGGAUUAUGGGUCUCGUCAAGAACCACAACGGUCCGAUCAAAGGUCGCCCAUACUCUGGAUGGGUUGAUGGCAAGACGGGCGAGCCCGUUGACGACAAGGACAUCAAGGCCAAAUACGAGAAGCACAUUCUGGAGCACUCGGGCAUCCGUCUUAUUGAGCCCGAGCUGUUCAAAGGCUACGACCCCAACAAGAAGCAGCUUCUUCACGAGGUUGUGAUUGAGGAGGACCUUGAACCCUUCGAGACUUCGAAAGAUACUGCCGAAGAGUUCAAGCGUGAGCACGGGGACAAGGUCGAGAUUUUCGAGAUUCCCGACUCUGAUCAAUACACUGUCCGUCUCAAGAAGGGUGCGGGACUCUGGAUUCCCAAGGCUCUCCGAUUCGACCGUCUUGUUGCUGGCCAAAUUCCUACUGGCUGGGACGCUAAGCGGUAUGGCGUUCCUGAUGAUAUUAUCUCCCAGGUUGACCCCGUUGCCCUGUUUGUGCUGGUAUCAACUGUUGAGGCUCUGCUUUCUUCCGGUAUCACCGACCCGUACGAAUUCUACAAGUAUGUCCACGUGUCGGAAGUGGGCAACUGUGUCGGUUCCGGUAUGGGAGGUGCUGCUGCUCUUCGCGGUAUGCACCGUGACCGCUACCUGGACAAGCCUCUUCAGAACGAUAUCCUGCAGGAGUCCUUCAUCAACACCAUGAGCGCGUGGGUCAACAUGCUUUUGAUCUCGUCCUCUGGACCCAUUAAGACCCCCGUUGGUGCCUGUGCCACCGCUGUUGAGUCGAUUGAUAUUGGUUUCGAGACAAUCAUGGAGGGCAAGGCCCGCGUUUGCUUUGUUGGUGGAUUCGACGACUUUGGCGAAGAAGGAUCGUACGAGUUCGCCAACAUGAAGGCGACUAGCAACGCAGUCGAUGAGUUUGACCAUGGCCGCACGCCAAAGGAGAUGUCCCGCCCCACUACGACCACCCGUAAUGGAUUCAUGGAGUCUCAGGGCUGCGGUAUCCAAGUCAUCAUGACUGCCAAGUUGGCGCUUGACAUGGGUGUUCCCAUCCAUGGUAUCUUGGCCUUGACUACCACUGCAUCUGACAAGAUCGGCCGCUCCGUCCCCGCUCCUGGUCAGGGUGUCCUCACCACGGCCAAGGAGCAUGCCGGCAAGCUGCCGUCCCCGCUCUUGGACAUCAACUACAGACGCCGCCAGAUCAACCUUCGCAAGAGACAGAUCGAGCAGUGGAAGGAGUCGGAGCUUGAGUACCUUGCUGAAGAGGUUGCCGCUAUGAAGUCAUCCGAUGAGCAAUUCAACGAGAAGGAGUAUCUUGCUGACCGCUCUCAGCACAUUGAGAAGGAGGCCGCUAGGCAGGAGAAGGAUGUUCUUCGCAGUCUCGGAAACCACUUCUGGAAGAACAACCCUAGCAUUGCUCCUCUUCGUGGCGCCCUCGCAACAUGGGGUCUUACCAUCGACGACCUUCAAGUUGCUUCGUUCCACGGUACAUCAACCAAGGCAAACGACAAGAAUGAGUCCUCGGUCAUCUGUCAACAACUUGCUCACCUCGGUCGCACCAAGGGCAAUGCAGUGCUCGGUAUUUUCCAGAAGUACCUCACAGGCCACCCCAAGGGUGCUGCUGGUGCUUGGAUGAUGAACGGUUGCUUGCAGGUGCUCGACACUGGACUCGUCCCUGGUAACCGCAACGCAGACAAUGUCGACGAAGUCAUGGAGAAAUUCGACUACAUCGUCUACCCGAGCCGCAGUCUCCAGACUGACGGUAUCAAGGCUUUCUCGGUAACCUCUUUCGGUUUCGGCCAAAAGGGCGCCCAGGCCAUCGGAGUGCACCCCAAGUACUUGUUCGCUACGCUUGACAAGAAGACAUUCGAUGAGUACCGUGCCAAGCUCAGCGCUCGUCAGAAGAAGGCUUACCGCUUCUUCCAUGAUGGUCUCGUCAACAACACCCUCUUCGUUGCCAAGGACAAGUCUCCAUACACAGACGAGCAGCUCAGCCAAGUCCUCUUGAACCCAGAUGCAAGGGUCAAGGAAGACAAGAAGACGGGCCAGCUGAUAUUCCCGGGUGAUUUCAUGACGCAGUCUACUCAGAAGGUCUCUCCUCCAGCCAAGGAGACUGUUGAUAUGGUUGAGUCGCUUGCCAAGAGCCUCGAGAGCCCUACCAACAAGGUUGGUGUUGAUUUCGAGGACAUCGAGGCUAUCAACAUCGACAAUGAUACUUUCGUGGAGCGCAACUUCACCGCGAAUGAAAUCGAGUAUUGCAGAAGCUCGCCCAACCCACGAGCUGCGUUUGCCGGACGUUGGUCUGCCAAGGAGGCUGUUUUCAAGUCUCUUGGUGUUGCGAGCAAAGGCGCCGGUGCUCCUCUCAAAGAAAUCGAAAUUGCACGAGACAGCCAUGGUGCCCCUACUGUUGUGCUUCAUGGAGAUGCAAGCGAUGCUGCAAACAAGGCGAAGGUGAAGAAGAUCAGUGUUUCCAUUUCGCACUCGGACACGCAAGCUGUGGCUAUCGCUGUAUCCACUACUGAGUCCUGAUGGUAUACUCUGAAGUCCAGAAGUAAUGUUUUCUGAAGUUUUUUUGUUGAUGCUACAUGUAUAUUUUGCAAUUUCUGAUGGGUUUAUGUUAGCAUGUCUAUUCUUUUUGCUCCAUAUUGGUCGCGGUAAUUUGAUACGAACAAUAGACUGUACUUUUGUUACAUUUAGACGGGUCUUCACUUUGAAUGUGGUACUUGAGAUUGCGAUUUACAUGGUGCUCGUCGAGAUGAUCCUCCUUUCACCAACUAUUCUAGAAUAUUACUCUCCAACAACCAGUUUUACUCCCUGGCUGGGUCCUUUAAAGUCCC